AUGGACUUCAACAGGUGCAAAGGAGUACUGGUUUGGAGGGGAAGAUUAAGACAAUUGCCGCUCGCUUGAUCCAAGGUUAGCGAGGAAUCGACCGCCUCCGAGGAUCGUCGGGAGGGUGAGAAGAGGGGGCCGCCCCACGAAACCUUAUCUGGAAGGAGAAGCCCCAGUGGCUUCGGUUCGAUGCCGACGUGAGCCAGUGAUCCCUGGUUUAGAGUAGGCGAUACUCGAGAUUCUCUGUAGAAGCUGCUUCCGGGCCGGCAAAUCAGAGGGGCCUCUUCUCUCAGUCUACGAGAUCGCUCAGGGCAACGGCGGGGUGCCGGAGCUGAUAGCUGUGAAGGGUUCGGCUUGGAAGGCUGGGAGGUUCCCUCUUUCGAGACGGCAAGCGCUGUUUCAGGCCCGGCAUGGCCGCCUCCUUCCGUCUGAGAGCCGCCAUGCUUCCGGUGGCGCCGCCGCUUCUGCUCUUGCUUCUGAUAUAUGUCGGGAGAAUUCGAUCAGUUUCUUCCUCCAGACCCCUUAGAUAGUAAGCAUUCCCUAUUUUCUGCACACCUCUCUCAAUUCUAUGACACACAAAGCACUCGAAUUUCCAUAAUAUAUGCGGCGAUUAUCGGUCGAACCGAUCAUCAUCCAUGUUAAAACUAGAUUGCGAAACGCGCAUGCUUAAUUACAUACGCCUGCAAUUAAUCGGUCGGCCAUCUUCGAUGACUUCUGGGAAAAUCGUUGCAGCUGCUGCACUGAGAUCUCUGAUGGAGGACUGGGAGAACACGCCGCCGAGCUGGGGAAGGUCGGACGAUCCCUGCGGCACCCCCUGGGAAGGAGUUGCCUGCAACAAUUCAAGGGUCACUCAAUUGUCAGACCCUCCACCCUCCACCCUCCUCUUUAUACUGGGCCCCUUCCAUCUCCGACGUCUUAGAAGCAAUCCCCUUAACGUCUGGAUCCCUUUCAGGGGCCUGUCGUCCAUGGGGCUCAAGGGGACGCUGAGCGGAGACAUCGGGCAGCUCACAGAGCUUCUGUCCCUGUAAGCUCCUCCCAUCGCACAUCGCCAUCUCUGCUUCUUACUUUCUAAUGGGAUCUAAGCAAUCAAAAGGAAAUUGCAGUGACCUUUCAUACAACAAUGAUCUAGGUGGACCGAUCACCAAAUCCAUCGGGAAUUUGAAGAGGAUCACGACUCUGUAAGACUCAUCAUCCCCAGAUAUCAUUACUGCUCUCCAUCCUUCUUCCUCCCCGUCGGCCUUUCGGUCUGAUGAAUUUGGCGUCAAUGGGUGUGUGGGGGUCUUAGGAUCAUGGUCGCCUGCAGCUUCUCGGGGAGCAUCCCGUCGGAAAUCGGCGAUCUCGAGGACCUCUCGUACUUGUGAGCGUAACCAGCUCGAGCUAAUGAACUUGUUGACGAAGACAAGAAGAGUAACCGUAACGAAACUUGAUUUCCUGAAUCCAUCUCACUUUUCUUCGCAGAGCUCUGAACUCCAACAAUCUCACCGGCAUCAUACCCCCGAGCUUUGGGAAGCUCUCUAAACUUUAUUGGUUCGACAUCGCCGACAACCAGCUCACCGGGCCGAUUCCCGUCUCCUCAGGUAGCACCCCCGGCUUGGAUCAGCUCCUCCACGCGAAGCACUUGUGAGUAUUUCUAUCUAAGAAAAAACAAUCAGGAGAAAUCCAAGGCGAUUGUCCGCGUGCCAACCAUAAUUUGUCUUCUCGCCAGCCAUUUCAACAAGAACCAGCUGUCGGGAACCAUCCCGGAGAGUCUCUUCAGCUCCAACAUGACCUUGAUCCACAUGUAAGACGUUUGCCAACCUUCGCACCAGGAAUUUCCGGCCAUGGAGGCUCUACUUCUGCUGACUGCUGGUUUGCCCACGUCUUAUAGACUCUUCGACGGGAAUAGACUGACGGGGGGCAUUCCGGAGUCGCUGGGCCUCGUGACGAAGCUGGAGGUUCUGUGA